AUGUUGAGAAUAUCCUGGAUUGAUCAUUGCACUAACGUAUCGAUACUAGAACAACUUAAAGUAAAGGAAAGAUUGCUUAAACAAAUACAACAGAGAAAUUUGCAGUAUUUUGGACACAUUGCUAGAAGAACAGGCACGAUGGAAAAACUGAUACUCGAGGGUAUAGUUGAAGGAAAAAGAUCUAGGGGAAGAUCUCCAAGCCGCUGGGUAGAUCAAACAAAAACAUUGAUUAACCAAGGGUUACAUGAAGCCGAACAACUAGUCCAAGACAGAGAAGGAUGGAGGGAAAUCCUAAAAAAA